UCUCGAAUUCCUUGCCAUGAAAAUGGACGUGAAAUUCUCAAUCACUGUUCUUGCGCUCGUCUUGUCCGUUCUCUUCGUCAGCGCACGUAACCUGCAUGGCGAUGAUAAUACGUGGACCGUUGCUGAAAAAGACACGCAACGUUAUCAGCCUCUGCCUAUUCACGGUGGCUCCGCCGCCGCGCCGAAAGCAGAGCCGCCGAGUAGCUCCGGCCAUGUCGACGACCGGAAAAACUUCAUCUACGGCGCUGGAAUUGGCGGCGCCGCCGGAGUCGGCGGGUUCAUGGGAAUGCCCGGCGGCGGCGGGGGGAUGCCAUUGCUCGGAGGCGGCGCUGGAGGGAUGCCGUUGCUCGGUGGAGGUCUUGGCGGGGCGGCCGGAUUUGGCGGUGGACUUGGAUUCCCCGGCGGAGUUGCUGGUGGUGGGGCGUCCGGCGGCGCAGGCGGAGUUCCGAGCUCCGGCGGGGUGUUACCGCUUCCUUGAGAUUAUUAUGGUUAUAAUUAAUGAAUCGUUAUGGUCGGUGUUUAGGAAUAAUUAAGUGUUUCGGUGUUUGUGUUUUAGGGCAUGCAUGCAUGCAUGCAUGUGUUACUGUUCGUUUGCGUCUUUUGUUGUGUUUGUUGCUUUUGUAGUUCGUUUGUCGGCGUUGUUUUUUUUCUGGUUAUCGGUUUAAAUUAACGGU